CCGUACGUAAGACGGGAAUAGCUUUCCUCCUUGUAGUCCGCCAUAUUGGAGUCUAGCUCGGCUACUCGGAGUCUCCGCCGCCCCGCUCGAAGCUCGUUAUCUUAUUGCGGUCACCAACCGCGUUCCGGUCCCCGGUGCAGCUCGGCGUGCGGCUUUCGGCGGAACAGGCGUUGCUGUAGAUCAGAGAUGAGCCCGGCCGACGCGAAGAGAGGAGCGAAGCGGAGGAAGCACAAGCGGGGCGGAGGCAGCAGCAGCGCGUCCGGGGAGGUGAAAUCGGCGGCGGCAUUGCGGGGACAGCACGGUGCGAUGAGCGGAGGGAGCAAUGCAGGAACCGGGAACGGAGGAGGUCUCCUGUGCAGCACACCCAGCAGCUGCACUCCCACCCCGCCCGGGGCCGAGAUCGCAUUAAAUGGCACCCCUUUCUCAGAUGGGCCCCUUGCUCCCGAUUUUACCGGAGUCCCACAGGCUCCCUUUACUUUUGGCCUGGGUCAGAGGGCUCCUUACACAACAGGAGAACACUGCCUUCUCUGUAGGAGCGAACGGAAGGACCUCACACUUUCAGAGUGUGGCACAAAAAACUCAAGCAAAUUAGCACUUUCCACAUCUCCAAAAACCAAUGCCAAGAUGCACCUUCCCCUGUGGGUAUGCUCAGACUGCCGGCGGACAGUAGAGAGCGAAGAUAUCCACCCCACACAAGACCAAUCUUUAGUGAGUCAAGAUUUCCUUUUGCACAUGCCAUCUGGUAACAGUGGUUCCAAACAGGAGUCCAUCGGCGGAGGGAGAAUGCUGGUUGGAGCUCAGAGUGCCGCACCCACUUUGGCACUUAAUAACACGGCGCCCCCUGACAUAACAUGUAGUUGUGAAGCGUGCAAUGAGCGCAGGGAAAUUUCAGCAGAGACUGAACGGGAAUCCCAGCAACUACAGAAUUUUUGGUCAGAUGUACGGUACAUGGUUCGCUGCAUAUACCGUCAAGCUGGGACGCCGCUAGCGGAUGACCAGGACCAGUCAUUAGUGCCGGAAAAAGAUGGGAUGAAGGAUUUGGUGGAUAGGUUAUGUGAGCGAGAUCCUUAUCAGCUGUACCAACGCUUAGAGCAGCAAGCGCGUGAAUACGUUUUGGAAUUGAAAGUCCGUCUGCUGAAGCACUUGUCAUUGGGGUUUAAGGUGACCCCCAGCAUACAGGGGCCUCCCCAAGCUCACCAGUUCAUCUCCCUCCUGCUGGAAGAGUACAGCGCCCUCUGUCAGGCGGCAUGCACAAUCGGCACUUUUCUUGUCACUUUGGAAAAUGAGCAUUUGAAGAAAUUUCAGGUGACAUGGGAAUUGCACAAUAAGCAUUUGUUUGAAAACUUGGUAUUUUCUGAACCGUUGCUCCAGAACAGCUUACCGGCCCUGGUUUCACAAUUAAGGCUUGGGACUGCGUCACAUGACUCAUACAGUGAAGAUAUGUACAGUACCUUACUACAAAGGUACCAUCAGCUGGAGCAAGAAAUGGGUCAGAUAUCAGAGGAGUGGCUGGAGUGUCAGAAAAGAAUUGAUAACUAUGUGGAUGAACAGAUGGCUUUGAAAACCAAACACAGAAUGAUAAAAGAAGAUUGGGAAUACUUUAAGCAAAGGCUGUUUAUUGAAGAACAAUUAAACAACAAGAAGGCGUUAACGGGUGAAAAUAACUUUGCAGACAAAAUGAGGCACAUGCUAUCGACGCGGAUGUGUAUGUCCGACUGUCCGAAUUGUAAUUACAGGAGGAGGUGCACCUGCGAUGACUGCAGCCUCUCUCACAUCCUCACGUGUGGCAUCAUGGAUACGCCUAUAACAGAUGAUAUCCACUUGAACCCGUUACCUCUACAAGUAGACUCCACUCCAGAUUAUCUGUCCGAGAUACACCCGCCCAGUAUAUCCUCCGCCAGUUCAGGGUCGGGUCCUAGUUCUCCCAUCACUAUUCAGCAGCACCCCAGGCUGAUCCUUGCAGACAAUGGCUCUGCACCCACAUUUGGUAGUGAUGAUGAAGACGGUACCCGUUUAUCAGCAAAAUUUGCUGAUAUUUACCCCUUGAAUAACUAUGACGACACAGAGGUUGUAGCCAACAUGAAUGGGAUCCACAGUGAACUCAACGGUGGUGGGGAAAACAUGGCUCUGAAAGACGAGUCCCCUUCGGUGAGCAGUACGAGCAGCAGCUCCUCAGAGGUGGAUGACGAGGAAGCCGACGGUGAGAGCGGGGGUGAGCAACUGGACGUCCCAAAGGAAGAGAUUCACAUUGGGAUGAGGCCGUCUAGGAAGGAAGGUGCAAAGAUGGACAGUCCCCCUCCAUCUUACCUCAGUCCACAGGUGGAACCCAUAACAAAUACUUGUGAGUGUCAUGUGUGUAAACAGGAAGCCUCUGGCCUGUCUCAGUCUCCACUGGUAUCGGGACGUCUCCCACCGGGGCAUCAGUUCAUUAAUCCCGACAAACCAGCACAUCCAGCACUUCACCUGUACCCCCAUAUUCAUGGACAUUUACCCUUACAUACAAUCCCUCACUUGCCGCGACCCCUUAUCCACCCCACGCUGUAUGCAGCAUCUCCGUUUGCACACAACAAGGCCUUGCCUCCAACGACUGUACAGAACCACACCAACAAACAUCAGGUAUUCAACGCCUCUUUACAAGAUCACAUGUACCCCAGCUGUUUCGGCAAUUCUCCAGAGUGGAACCGGUCAAAAUUUAUAAGUCUUUGGGGGUCAGAAAUGAUGAACGAUAAGAACUGGAAUCCAGCUUCUUUUUUACCGGACCCGCUUGCUGGUGGUGAUAUUUUAGGGCCAGCACUCCCUGAAAUUAGACCCGAAGCACUUCCUACUACGUCUAGUAAUGAUACAACACCGGUUCUGGAUGUUAAGGAGAAAAAAAACACUGCCAAGAAGAAAUGUCUUUAUAAUUUCCAGGAUGCUUUUAUAGAAUCUAAUAAGGUUGUCAUGGCAACCUCAUCAGCAACUUCCUCCGUCUCCUGCACAGCCACCACGGUCCAAUCUAGCAGCAACCAGUUUAAGGUGUCCUCCAAGAGGCCUUCUUCUAUAGGUGACGUAUUUCACAACAUCAAGGAAGACCAUAGGCAUCCUUCUACACCGGUAGCACCAAGAAACAGUCCUACAAGUUUAGCAACUCUUCCUUCCCUUUCCCCUGGUACACACUCAACAGCCGCCACUCCACACCUCCCAAAUAUAACUGCUCAACCCUUCCCCAAAACAGCUGCCACCGCUCCUGGUUUUGUGGAUCCACAUCUAGGUUUCUGUCCGUCUACAGCUGCACCACCAACGUCUACUACAGACAGCACACUUAGUGCUCCUCCCAGUGUCUGCAGCGACCCUGACUGUGAGGGACAUCGGUGUGAGAACAACGGGGCAUAUGACCACCAGCACUACGACGGCGAGGAAAGUCAGGACGAGGACAGCUGUUCAGAACACAGCUCCAGCACGUCCACAUCCACUAACCAGAAAGAGGGCAAAUACUGUGACUGCUGCUACUGCGAGUUCUUCGGUCAUGGAGGGCCUCCUUCAGCACCAACCAGUAGAAAUUACACAGAAAUGAGGGAGAAACUUCGCCUAAGGCUCACGAAGAGGAAAGAGGAACAGCCCAAAAAGCCAGACCAGAUCUCUGAAAGGGAAACGGAGGUGAUUGACCAUCGGAAAGUAGAAGACCUGGUGCAGUUCAUCAACAGCUCAGAGACCAAGCCAGUUAGCAGCACACGGGCAGCCAAACGCGCCAGGCACAAGCAGAGGAAGGAGUAUGGGGCGAGCCCAGCAAUGAAUAUUAUUGUCGGCCAUGUGCUCGAGGGAAGCAUGCAGGGCAUCUGCACCAGCACGGCUGAGGAUCAGACUGACAUAGCAGAAGCUGAGCCGGACCGAGAACAACAGGAUAAGCAGCAGCUAGAGGAUAAGGCGCGACAGGAAGCAGAAGCCAGGGAACAGGAAGAACUCCAACUUUUAGAAGAGGAGAGGCAGCACGAGGAGCGGUUGAAACGAGAGUUUCAGCGACACCAGGAGUGUCAGGCAUAUAAGAAAAAGAAAAAAGAGCGUUCAAAUAAAGACACUCACAAGGCAGAUCGCCUGACGCACAACAUGCUCUCCAGUAAGGAGCCCACCUCUGAGAUAAUUCCCAAUGGCAUCCUAGAGCAGGAAACUCUCUCCGUUCCACUAGCAGGCAGGCAGCCUCACAAAACUGAGCCAAGUCAGUUGUUAGAGGCCAUAAGCAAGCUACCCAAUCACACAAAUGGCAGAGACUUGAAGUCGUACAGCCCAAAAGAGGUGAAAGCAAAACAGCAGGAGCAGCUCUCCCUCCUCCUUGACUUGGUCCACCACAAGGAGAACAACGUCAAGCAGAAGCAGCCUAAAUCACAGACCACAAAGCUUAGCCCGGAACAGGUUAAAAAAUCAGAGGCCCCCAAACCUGCCGAAGUACAACCAAAACUGAAAAACCAAAAUGAAGCCAAAGUCCGAGCUGUAGAGGUUGCCCCAUUGGUUGAACAGAAGAAAGAGGAUAAAAGGGCAGGGAACAGUAACAACAAAAAAACGCUAAACCACGUAAAAGAGGAAAAACCACCAGCAGCUAGUGAGCCCGCUGUAAUGGUCGAGCAACAGAACAAUAAGCCACAGGCCACUGCUGAGUCCCCACAGCCCAAGGGAAAAAGCAAAAAGAAUAAAAAGAAGAAAGGCGAGAAGGUCAAUAACUCUAUUGAUGAUGUCUUUCUUCCAAAAGACAUUGAUCUUGACAGCGUGGAGAUGGACGAGACUGAAAGAGAAGUGGAAUACUUUAAAAGGUUCUGUCUAGACUCUGCCCGGCAGACGAGACAAAGACUGUCAAUCAACUGGUCCAACUUUACCCUGAAAAAGACGACCUAUGCUGCACACUGAGCAGGAACAGUUAAAUAGGAGGGGGUGGGGGUCACCCUGCAGGAACCAGUCCCACUGAUUUUAUGCCCUGCUGUUCUGAGCGCUUAAUCAGGCCUUGAGCCAGUGCUGCCUUGCCUUUUCCCCAGUGCUGUGUGGAUCUGCACUGAACCUCCUUGGCCUGAUGAGUCUUGCUGAUCUGAGAAAAAAUAUGCCACUUUCUACCUGAAUUUGUUAGCUUGUGUGCUUGUAGUCUGUGAGUGAGACUUUGGUUGUAGCAAUACGCUCUCUUCUAAUUGCCUUGGCCUCAGACUUAAGAAUGGUUCCUUGGGUUGGGUGGAGGCAUCAAUAAGGCUCCUUGCAUCAUCCACGAUGGCUCAUGUCACUUCAGCGGUUUGCUACGUUUUAUUACACGGACUAUUGGCAAAAGAAAUGGACUUCAUAGUGCUCACCUGUUCAUCACUUCUCCGAUCUCACGGAGAAUGUCUCAUAACGGACAAGCAUUUCUCCAGUGCACACAAUCUACUGUCCAAAUGAAGUGUACAAGUUACGCUUAUUUGUGGUUUUUUUUAUCUUUUUUUUUUUUUUCUCUCCAGACUUGUAGCCAGCUUGUGUAAGAAUACUUGCAGAAAGAGAAAGUUACCGAGGAAAAAAAAAAGAAAACAAAAAGGAAAAAAAAAAUACUCACAAUAUCAAUCUGUUCUAGAGUGUAUAAUUGUAUUAACACUGACGCCCAAGUGGCUACUUUUUUAACAUAUUGUUAAGUAAUAUUAAAAUCAUGUCUUUCUUUUUGAAAGAUGGAAUACAUUA